UAACCUGCCGAUGGAUGAAGGAGAAGCGGGGGUGAACCUUGGCUACCGGCUCUUCUACAACCGAACCACAGAUCGCUGCCAUCCGUUCUUGUACAAGGGCUCAGGAGGCAACGGGAACCGCUUCAUCAGUGACAAACAGUGUAUGAGGAACUGCUCCACCUUGGCGAAGCAACUCUACCCUGACAAUGAACAGGCCUGUACUUUGGAACAAGACUCUGGAUUCUGCAAAGGGUCCUACGUGAUGUGGUACUUUGAUAAAAAAGAGAAGAAAUGCCUGACGUUCUUUUAUGGAGGAUGUUCAGGAAAUGGAAACAGAUUUUGGACGAAGAAUGAGUGUUAUCAGAGGUGUUCUCCAAACCUGCGUGGAAAGGCUGUGGAAGAAAAUGAUGAUGGUGACGAAGGGGUCGACAUAGGUCUGGUGCUGGGAAUCGUCGUUGGCUGUGUGGCGGCAAUUGCUUUAAUCAUGACUACCAUUUUUUUCAUUCAGGAAAAGAAAAAAGAGAAGGAGAGCCAAAGGAAAGGAAAAGAGUCCACCCAACUGAACAUUGAAUUGAACUCAAAGUAGGGACCACUGUGUUCAGGUUAAUCCGUUGUAAACAAGAAAAGCCUGUGAUUUAAACAAGCAUGGGAGUUUGUAAUAACAAGAUUGUGAGUGAGCACCAUGAGGGCAAGGAUGGUGUCAGUUGAGAUUAUCCUGUAUCUACUCCAGUGCUUGGCACAAAGUAAGUACUUAAUAAAUACCAGAACUAACGAAAUAAUUUCAUGCUCACUACCUCCCCACCCCAUGUGCUUUCUGUUGAAAUAUCUGGGUAUGAUUAGUAUGCAUUGUGUUUUUAUUUUUAUUUUUAAAUAAACAAGUUUUGUAACUACUGUCA